ACAGGAGCAGCAGCGUCUCUCCUCCAGCUCCAAGCUUUAUGUCUGUGAGGGCUGCUCGUCGCCGGAGGGGAGAUUUUGCGGAUGCUCUUCACCUAAUGUGACACAUUUCACAUUUCAAGUGGUCGAAUCACCGGUUGAAGCAAUGAGAGUCUUUGGAGUGAUAAUAGGGAUUUUACAGUACGUGGGACUUUAUAUUCAACUUAACGCAGCUCUUAAUGUCGGACACGGAGAGGUGGAUAAUCACAUCUCUGGAAAUGCUCUAUUUACAGAGGUGCCACAUGACAUCACCACGCAGAGCGGGGAGGAUGUAGAGAUGGCUUGUUCCUUCCGUGGGACGGGCUCUCCCUCCUACUCCCUGGAGAUCCAGUGGUGGUACAUCAAGGACCGGAGAGACUGGAAACAGAAGCCUGCGAAGAUCACAAAUGAUGUUGUACCGCUGGAAGAAACUUCCAAAGAUGCCACCAAAAUAAGUGUGGUAAAAGUGGCCGGCAGCAACAUCUCCCACAAGCUCCGUCUCUCCAGUGUCAAGCCGUCAGACGAAGGCACGUACGAGUGUCGAGUCAUCGACUUCAGCGGCCCUGUGGCGCAGCAACACCGUGUUCGCGCCUUCCUCCGUGUGGAGCCUGGGAGCAGUCGGGGGUCUGAAAAGGUCAAGAGGCAGGAGAAAGGGCAGAGGUCACAGGGGAACCAGCCACACCCCCACCACCAGACAGAGGGCAGGGAACUGAAGAGGAGAUCAGCUGACAGCCCCACUGACUGCAGUGAGAGCUGUGGGCUGUAGAGGGUCUGCAUGUUCAUGACUUAUCUCUACAGAGGGACUGUCACCAAAACACCCGUCAUCACAGACUGGUUUGUGUUAUAGUGAAAGUAAGGCUGUAAUUACAGAACAUUUGUUUUUGUUAUUUUGUAUUUUUUUUCGACUCACUCAACUGUAGUUUUCCUCACAACCCAAAACUGCAGUGGAGAGUCAGAAUUAUCAUCAAUGUCAUAAAAAUGAAAAGGGGAUACAGACACAAAACAGAUCAUUUCCCCAUUCUGCUGUCUUUUACCAAAACAUAUGCCAAAGGUUGCAGUAUUUUAAUGUUAAUGCUUUUGAAGAAAUAAAUAAUAUAUCAAGCUUUCUUUCAUUUAUCUGAGAACAUUUCAAAGUGCUUUGUUUUAUUCAUGUAAUCUUUGUUAAAGCAGUAUCUGUAUUAAGCUUUCUAAACCUAUAUAUGUAACUAUAAUGUUUGUCAAAAUAAAAAUGUAUGCCUUCAUCACAUCAAAUAAUGUAUUCAUUCUUAUGUAUAUUCAAAUCUUAGCACUGUAGACUUUUAAUGUAUUCGUAAAAUAAAGUUUAUCCAACUGUGAGUAAACGAGUUAGAGCUGUCUUUUUAAGGCUUUUAGUUUGGAUAUUUGAUAUUUAAUAAACAUUCACUCAAGUCGACUUACUGAGUUUCACAAACUGAGCGCUGAAACUCAGUAAUACUCAAUAAAACUUACUUUACCAGGA